ACGGAGGGUCAGCGCCAGGCAAAGCAAGGCCACGCUGCCACCUGCUGUCGGCCAGGGGAUGGUAGCGGGUUGAUUUCCAUGGACACAUCGAGCACUCGGCAAGCAGGGGCCGGAGCUGUGUGGAAACAGGGUAGUAGGCGGUCAGCACAGGCAGGAUGCCCACGGUGUUUUUCUGAGCCUCCUGCGGACUUCUGAGGAAUCCCCAAAGGCUGCCACGGGGCCAGGUUUCUCAGAAGAUGGCGACUGAGCAAGACGUAGACUAAGAGCAGUGGCAGAUUAAAAUGAAGAAGAGGAAGAAGGAGAAGGAGAAGAAGAAGAAGAAGAAGAAGAAGAAGAAGAAGAAGAAAGAGAAGAAGGAGAAGAAGAAGAAGAAGAAGAAGAAGAAGAAGAAAGAAGAAGGAGAAGAAGGAGAAGAAAAGACAACCUAAAGCUUGCUCAUUUUCUGUGGAUUACAAGGAAGGCACAGCAUGACUAUCAAAUAAAAUACCAUUUUGCCAGGACUGGAUUCAGUUAGCUAAGUCCAAAUCCUGCCGUGAGCUCUGCUGUGUAAUUGCGUAAUGCUUAGGAAGUUUCUGCACAGUCUGUGCUGUAAAAUUGAUAACGUUUAUCAAAGCUCUAAAAAGUACACAUUCUCUACUGCCAUGAAUAAUCUAACAAAUUGGCUGAGCAAUAUGGGAAACCUUGGCGUGUUUGCUCAGGCUCACUUGAAGUGCAAAUAGUCAUAAGGAUUCAUCACACCAAGUUUUAGUUUGUUGUGAAACUUAAGUUGAAAUGCAGCACGUUACCCUCCAUCUGAAGAAGUGUAUAUUCUGCUGCUAUUGGAUAUGACAGGUUUUUGCAUAAAAAACCCUCUUAUUAAAUGUAACCUUCAGUCAUAGAAAUGAGAAUUACUACCAAAAAAAAGGUAAACUGACACGUUUUUGUCUGUGUUGUAGGGGCUGGGUUUUGGUUUUUUUUUAAUAUUUAAUAUAUUUAUGCUGGUUCCCCCAGUUAAUCAAUGAAUAAGUUAAUAAUAAGCUCCCACUGUUUCUGACACGGUGAAGGGAUUCUUUAGAAACUUUUCAAAGCAAAGAAACUCAACGGAAGGAAAACUCUUGAAACACAAUGGUUUAUUACGGGACGUGCUCUUCAGCUGGAUAAGUUGAAGGAGUGGCACCUUUGUAAUAAAACUCCAGAUCGUAUGCCUCCAGCAAGGAACAGAUUAAAAGAAAAGCAAACAGAACUGUCACAUCAGAGUCAUCGCCUGUUGCCUUGGCCCUUUCCAAUUAUCAGCAUUUCCAAAAGCAGUUAUUCCACUUCUGUUUUUCUGACAACUUUCUAUAAACUAAAACUGAAUUUUGAAGACAGUCUUUAAAUAGGUUUCACUUGAAAAUAUUAGCAUUAUUGUAUCGCAAUAGCACAAAUACAAUGCAAAUACAUGCAUUUCCUUUUAUGUAACUAAAGUUACGCCUGUAUAUAAUUUAAACAUUAUAUAUGAAGCAUUUCCCAUUGUAUAUUUUUCAAAUAUACAGUGUUUACAUUCUUAGAUAACAAUAUUUUAUGGCGUAUUUAUGUUUUACAUUUCUAUUUGUAUGUAUACUUUGCCCAUACCCAGAUCUUUCUGAAACAAAACGUAAUGCUGGAAAGACUUCUUAAUCAGAGCUUAGCAUAACUGCUAGUGCCUUCAAACAUGGAAAUUUCACAUUUCACUUUAGAAACAACAAGAACUCAUUUAAAAGCACAAGCACUUUUUGCUAGUGUAACAAAGCCAUAGUAAUUUAGACAGGCAUUUCUAUAUGUCAUUUUUAUUUUUAUCAUAGAAGACAAAGCUUGCUGAGGUGACAGUUUGUGGAUGACACCACAUUAUUCAUAGAAUGGGAAGAAGGCUGACCAAAAACACUGCAGAAGGGCAUUAUGGAACUGAGCAAUAGUAGAAUAUGGCAGUCAGUGGAGUCCACUGUAAAUGAAUGUCAAUGAAUAUGCACAGGAGGAAAAAAUGUCUUGAUUGUACAUGGUGAAUAGCAAGUUUUGAAGUGGCUGUAAUUCAAGAAGAAGAUCUGAGUUGCGACAGACAUUUCCACAUCGCACAGCUUUCGUAUUUACUGAGUAGAGCUGGAGGGGAUGGACAAAAGCAGCCUAGAGAGGGCUGGGAAGGACUGGCUGUUAUCCUUUCCAGUUCGAGGGCUGUGGACAUCAAGUGAAGCAAUGGGAAUCAGGUUCCAGGUUAAAAAAAGUGGAAGAUGAGGGUUCUUCAGACAGCGGCUACUUGAGCUCUGGAACUACUUGCCAAAGGAUGUGGUGAACAAUGAAACUUUAAAUGGGUCAAUGGGAGACUGAGCAAGUUUAUGCAAGAGAGAUCAGCUUUAUUUCCUUAUACUUGUUUAAACACUUAAUUCAUCAUUUUCUGUAGUCUGUCUUUAUUUUGCCAGGCUAUAACUUCCCUUGAGACAUUCUCGUAAGUGCCACACAGUUUAUUUCCAAGCAGAUGACUGACGGGUGGCACGCUAAAUUACCAUUUCUCUCUGUAAUUGUGCUUCACAAUACUGCCUGGAAAAGACGCCGGAAGCUGUUCAAGGCUAGCUAUGCGAUGGCCAGGAGCGUGUGCACUGCUCUGCACGCCGUAGGAUCGCAGUGGAAAGGCGCGCACCCCGCCCUCCACCUGCCUGACAGAAACCCCUCCCGCCCGUCCACUCACACAGCUGGGGGCGUGACUCCCAUCGGCGGGUUGCGGCCGGCGUGGCCUGCGAUUGGCUCGGAGCGCGGCGAGCAGGUCACGUGACGGGGAGGGGCCAGCAGCGGCUGAGCUGCUUAUAGGCACCGGAGAGGCGGGAAAAGGGCAGCUCGUUGAGUGCUGUGUGCGUGCUAUUGUUGUGUCCUAUGCGCGGGCGGCUGGCGUGAUCUGAUGAAUUCCAAAAUGAAACAAAGCCUGAAUGUGGAGAACCCAUCUGGAUCUCUGCAGAAGUACCUCACAGACACUGCAUGCAGUGCUGCCCCAAGACGGACUCUUAAGAUGAUUCAGCCUUCUGCAAAAGGUUUCCUGGUUGGAAGGUGUAAUGAGAAGAAGUCUUCAGUCAAGAGGAAACUCUGGAAUAACAGGCUUACCUCCUCAGCUUGUAAAGCUGAGGCAUCUGUGGACAAAGAGCAAGAAAAUGAGAAUACAGAUGAUGUCAUUCAAGCUAUAGAUCUCAUAAAAAAAAGUCCUUCAUCUCAAUAUUGGAAAGAAGUGGCUGAAGAAAGGAGGAAGGCUCUGUAUGAAGUGCUUCAAGAAAAUGAAAAGUUGCACAAAGAGAUUGAACAAAAAGAUGGUGAAAUUGCCCGCCUAAAGGAGGAAAAUGAGGAACUCAUGUCACUGGCUGAACAUGUGCAUUAUUUGACCAGCAUGAUUGAGAGGCUAACAGGGCAAGAAUCUGAUAAUCUUGAGGCACUGGAAAGUCUGGCUUUAGACGAAUCCAACCAAGAAAAUGAAGACCUUAACCUUGGAGGUGAUGCAGACAGCACUUCAGAAGGGCCAUCGCAAGUAUCAUGUGACUUAAGGAAGAGUGUAUCAGAUCUUGCUUCAAGUGAAGGAAAUUACUGACAACUGUGACCUUAAGCCAGGCUUAUGUAUGUGGAUUCUUUUAAUUGCAGACUUCCCCUUGAAAGGAGAUACUAAACUUCCUCAGGUAUAGAAACUCUUGUGGGAGCAUGACAGUGGCUUUUAACUGAAGUUACGUAGCAGGGAGCACCUCCAUGCUGCUUGUAAAACUUCUUCCAGGCUGCAGUUAGUUGCUUGUUUAAAACGCAAAUACUGUGUAUUUCAAACUGUUGUGUAAAUAUCAAAUGGUCUGACACGAUGCAUGAGAAUUGAGAAAUAAAUUUUUGCCUUACCGAA